AUUAAUAUAGGAACAGACGCUUAUUUUGAUAAUGAUACGGUCCUGGGACAGUUUGAAAGGCUAUUUCAAAUGCUAGAAUUCAAACAAGAAUACAAGCAUAACCAGAUAGAAAUCGUUGUCGACAAUGCAAGAACUCACACUGCGAAGUCAUACUCAUUACAAGAAUUUGGUAAAAAUAUUGGUACUCGUUGUCCUGUUGAACAAAUCGAAUAUGUUGAUGAAAAUGGCGUACAAAAAGUUAUUGAUUGUUAUUUUAAAGGGGGAGAAAACAAAGGUAAAUCAAAAGGUUUAGUUGAACUAUGUAAAGAUAUGGGUGUACAAUUACCAGCUAAAAUUAAAUUAGACGACAUUCGUGAUAUACUUUCAACGCAUCGAGCUUUCCAAAAUGCUACAAAACUUGAGAUGCUAGCAAUUAACCCUUUGAGAACGGGAUUAUUUUUUCAAAAAAUAAUCACGCAAUAG